ACACCACAGCCUGCAUCCAUCUGCACUUUGCCUUCUGGAGGCUCUCGCCAGGUUUGGGUCUGGUGCCCGUGGGGCAGCCAGAGGUUCUGAACCUUUCUGCUUGACCAGAAGCCCGUGCAUGCCCCGUCCCACCGCAGGACCUGCUGCCUGGCCAGAGCAGAGCCACCGCUGCCGUACAGCCACGCUGGCCAUGGGUCGAUACCCAGACCCUGCCCUGGAGGGGGGACACCAGAGCUGAUGCUGGGCUCUGUGCUGGCAUGAGGAGGAGCUGGUGCUGAGAAGAGGAAACCAAAAGAGGUGCAGAACGUGUUGCGCUCUGAGAGCGUUGACCUAAGAAGGAAAUCAACACGUUGAAAGGCGAGUUGCUCACUCAGGAAGCAGGAGUGUGCAUGAAGCUCCUGGGCUGGGGCUCUCCUGGUGAGGACACCCAUCUCCUGGCAGGGACACUGCUCUCCCAGUGGGAUAUGGUGAGGAUGGCGCUCCCCUGGUGAGGAUAUUGCUCUGCUGGUGGGACACUGAUCUCCUGCAGGGGCCAGGCUGUGCCCAUGCACACAGACAGCAGCAGGAGCGGUGCCCCGGGCAGCGGCCGCCGGCAGGGGCAGGGCAGGGCUGGGGAGCUGCUGCUCCGCACCCUGGAGGACCUCUCCCAGCUGGAUUUUAAGGGGUUCCGGAAUGCGCUGGCACACGCGGAGCUGCGCGGCUGCAGCCGCAUUCCCUGGGGCCGGCUGGAGAAGGCCGACUGGAUAGACACCAAGAACCUCAUGCUGGAGUUCUACGGCGCAGAGGCCGCCCUGGACGUGGCAAUAACUGUCCUGGAGCAUAUCCACCUCCGCCAUGCCGCUGCCCUGCUCCGGGAAAGCAGAGAGAGAGCCCUGGGGCCCGCUCCUCUGCUGGGAUCAUCACCACCAGAUCACCGCAGUGGGUACAAGAGGGCCGUGCGCCAGGCCUACAGCCGCAUGAAGGACCUGAACGCGCGGGUGGGGGAAAGCGUGAGCCUCAGCGAGCGGUACGCCAGGCUGGUGAUGGUCACCGAGCACCGCGACGAGCAGCAGCGUGAGUGCGAGAUCGCGGCCGUGGGGCGCAGGCACGCGGACGUCAUGAAGGAGCGCGCCAGCUCCUCCAUCGCCGUCGCCGACCUCUUCAAGCCCGACACCGAAGGCUGGAGCCCUAAGGAGGUGGUGCUCCUGGGCGCCGCGGGCAUGGGGAAGACCAUGACAGCCAGGAAGAUCAUGCUGGACUGGGCAUGCGACAGGAUGUUUGAGGAGUUCAACUACGUGUUCUACAUCCACUGCCGCGAGGGGAACCUGCUGGCUGGUGAGGCCAGCAUGGCUGAUCUCCUGGAGCAGUGCUGUCCCGGCAGUGCCCUGCCGCUGGACGAGGUGCUGCAGCAGUCGGAGAAGCUCCUGUUCAUCAUCGAUGGCUUCGACGAGCUGCGCUUCUCCGUGGAGCAGCCGUGGUGUGAGCUGUGCGCGGAGCCCUAUGAGCGGCGCCCGGUGGACGUCAUCCUCACCAGCCUGUUCCGCAGGAGGCUCCUGUGCCAGAGCUCCCUGCUCAUCACCACCAGGCCGGCGGCGCUGCAGAGCCUGCGGCAGCUCCUGGAGCAUGAGCGCUGCGCCGAGAUCCUGGGCUUCUCGGAGGCGGACAGGAGGGAAUACUUCCAGCAGUUCUUUGGGAGCACGGAGCAGGCAGCGGCCGCCUUCCGCUUCGUGCGGGGGCACGAGCUGCUCUUCACCAUGUGCCUGGUGCCCAUCGUCUGCUGGAUCGUCUGCACCGUGCUCAGGCAGCAGCUCAGCUGCGCCGGGGGCCUGGCCCACAGCCCCCGCACCACGACAGGGAUCUACGUGCUCUACCUCUCGGCCCUGCUGAGCUCCCUGCGCGGGCGGCAGCGGCAGGAUGUGCCCGCGGUGCUCCGGCGGCUCUGCUGCUUGGCGGCCGGCGGCGUCCGCAGGCAGAGGGUCCUCUUUGAGGAGAAGGAGGUGCAGGGGCUCGCGCUGGGCCGGCAGGAUGCCCUCCCGCUCCUCCUCAACGAGCACCUCUUCCAGAAGGACAUAUUCUGCGUCAGCUCCUACAGCUUCAUCCACCUCAGCUUCCAGGAGUUUUUCGCUGCGCUCUUCUACCUGCUGGAAGAUGAAGGGGAGGCGCAGGAGACCCCCAUGGGUCUCAGCAGGGAUGUGAAGGAGCUGCUGGAGAGCUACGGCAACUCCAGGAACUACUUCAUCCUCACUGUGCGGUUCCUCUUUGGACUCUUAAAUGAGGAUCGCAGGAGGGAGCUGGAGCAGAAGACGGGGUGUAAAAUCUCAGCCAGGGUUAUGCAGGAUUUGCUGGAGUGGCUUCAGGACAGCCAGAAAACAGCCCUGGCUCUUCUGAUGGAGGAGACUGGGCUGGUCCGCGACCUGGAGCUCUGCCAUUGCCUCUAUGAGCUGCAGGACGAGCGGCUGGUGGCGGCCGCCCUGCGCCCCUUCACAGGGCUGUGCCUGCGUGGGCUCAACCUCAACCGCUUCGACCAGGUCGUCCUUUCCUUCAGCCUGAGGAGCUUCCGCGGGCUGCAGGCGCUGGAGCUGGGGCACUGCUGCUUCCUGUGGGAUGAGCCCGAGGACACCGCGGGGCCACAGCCGCAAAAGAAGCCGCAUCGGGAAGCCCAGGAGGAGGAGUGCACGCUGUCACCCAUCCACAUGCUCUGUCAAGCCCUGGAGGCAUCAGGCUGUAAGCUGAAGACGCUGAGGCUGGACCGGUGUGAGCUCAGCGGCGCCUGCGGCGCGGCUCUGGGCUCCGUCCUCGGCUCUAACCCUGCCCUGACAGAGCUGGGCCUGGCUGGGAACAAAGACCUGGGGGACAAAGGCGUGAGGCUGCUGUGCGAGGGGCUGCGGCGCGGAGCCGGCUCCCUGCGGGCGCUGCGGCUGUGGCAGUGCGGGCUGACGGAGCUGAGCUGUGAGAUCCUUGCCACGGUGCUCCCAGACACCCCCAGCCUGGCUGAGCUGCACUUGGGGGGCAAUGCUGUGGGGGACAGCGGCGUGUGGCAGCUGAGCCGGGGGCUGCAGGACCCCCGCUGCCGGCUGCACACCCUCAGGCUGUGGCAGUGCGGGCUGACGGAGCUGAGCUGUGAGACCCUUGCCGCGGUGCUCCCCGACACCCCCAGCCUGGCUGAGCUGCACUUGGGGGGCAACGCUGUGGGGGACGGCGGCGUGCGGCGGCUGAGCCGGGGGCUGCGGGACCCCCGCUGCCGGCUGCACACCCUCAGCCUGUGGCAGUGUGGCCUCUCGGGAGCCUGCUGCGAGGACGUGUGCUCCGUGCUCCGCGCUGGGUGCACCCUGGAGACCCUGGACCUGAGCGAGAACAACCUGGACAACGGGAGCGUGCGAGUGCUGUGCGGGGUGCUGGGGCAGCACCCGGGGUCCCUGCAGGCGCUGUGGCUGCAGAGCUCUGGGCUGGAUGAAGAGACGCUGCAGGAGGCGGCGGCGCUUGAACAAGUCAAACUCAUAACUGCUCCGUGGCGUUUCCUGCUUCCCGGUCCUGACUGGAAGUGCUGUGGCUGCAGCAGGGGCCCUCCCCAGAGCUUCGGGCUCGUGGUCAGAGCAUCAAACACUGUCUGUGGUCUGACGGGUGCUGCUGGCGUGGGGCUGGAGCAAAAUGCGUUCACCCACAGGUGCGAUGGUGCCCGGGUGUUGCUGCAGAGGCUGAACCAGCGCUGCAACAUCCUGCACGGGAGGAAGCCGCGGGCACAGCCGAGCCGGACCCGGGGGAGCAGCAGAGGGGAAGGCACCGAGGUGACAACCGCCAAGCUCAGCCUCACCCACUGA